AUGACUAUUUGUGAAAACAACAUCAAWUCUAAUAAUAAUAAUAAUAAUAAAUUUAUAAAUAAUAAACAUGCACAAAUUAAWARWUCAUCAUCAAAAUGGACCUGGACAACAUUUUGGCUAAUAAUAAACUCGCUAAAAAUUGAACCGUUCAUAUUUCUAUAUAUGCUUAGUUGUAGUCUAUCGGAUAUUACAACCAAUCAGUUAAUUCAGGAUAAAAUAUGUCUGAAUCRRUAYAACCAGUCAGUUGACUAUUGUGUCGACAUUAGCAAAGUUACAACACCAACAACAACAGCUACCGGUGCCCAGUCAGUCAWUAAUKUCACCARUGUUGUUGCCAUCAAGGACAGUAUAUUGGGCGACCUGGCCCAAUUCAAUAUCUAUAUUGUUAAUAUAUCAACACUGCCGGCAUUUUUGUAUGUACUGUUUAUCGGCUCCUGGACCGAUAGCUAUGUCCAUGGCCGCAAACUGGUACUACUAGUGAUCAGUCUGGGCUAUAUCGGAUUGUUUGCUGGCCUACUGUUCAAUUCAUUAUAUUUUGACUUAAAUGUCUAUUAUAUACUAUUGUCAUACAUACCCAGUGCCCUAUCGGGCGGUUGGCCUACCGUAUGGCUAAUCUGUUACAGUUAUAUGGCUAACAACUCGUCAAAUGAGUAUCGGUUUAUCAAAUUUCUUGCCUACGAAGUGGUGGUCACUGCAUCUGACCCAUUGGGUACCUAUAUAGGCGGUCUACUACUUGGCUCAGGUAAUCAUCAGGCAAUUGAUGGCCAACUGCACAACUAUAGUCAUGUCUAUACAACCUGUUUGGUUGCAACUGUCUUAGCGUUUCUAUGGGUUYUGCUAGUAAUCAACGAAAACACUGCCGAAGUCGGCUAUCAGCUCAUCAACAAUGGUGACAGUGUCGGCRUCGGAGACACUGUUAACACUGUCAWCAAUGAWUCAGAGCCACUAAUGGACAGUGAUUUUUGCGAUGAGGACGAGGAGGURGAAUUGGAGGAAAGGGAUGAUAAUAAUAAGUCAAAKASMAUAGCAAUCGAGGAACUGAAGUCUAUUCAGCCGCCAACGCGACAAAUGGACACUAAAUUUUCGUUAUCGAAAAUGUUUGAUCUGAAAAAUGUCGGCGAUAUGUUGACCACAGCAUUCAAACAGCGGCCAAACAAUGGCCGUACACUGAUAUGGCUUCUCUAUGGGUGUAUGUGUAUGACAGUAUCRUCAACAGUACGCGACAUACAGGUGCUKUUUCCCUACGUAGAAAAGGUCUAUCACUGGGAUGCCCAACARUUUAGUAAUGUUAAGUCGAUAGCAGCCUUKGCAUUGAUCAUACUGUUGGCACCGAUAGCUUUUCUGAUGUCAGGCGUGCUUAAGGUCAACGAUACCCGAUUAGCCGCUUUGGGAUUCCUGUCCAAUAUGUUGGCCGGUCUAUCAAUCGGAUUGAUUAGCAGUCCAGUGGGACUGUAUAUUAUGUACGCUAUUGGCGGUGCCAGUUGUUUGUGUUGGAUAGGCAUCCGAUCAUUGUUAUCAAAAUUGGCUACCGAAGCUGAAUCGGGUAAAGUUUUCAGUCUAUUGGCUGCAUUGGAAACAAUUAUGCCUACAGUUAAUACAYUGUUGUAUAAUCUAGUCUUUCGUUAUACAAUCAGUUGGUUUCCUAGUCUAGUAUUUUUGUUAAUCAGUUCAUUGACUUGUAUACCACUAACCAUUUUCAUAUGGAUUGACCUAAAAUAUGGACAUCWAAUCAAUAAAAAAUCUUCCCAUUAA